GUGCUUUGCUGGUGGUCAAGAUGGUCAAGGUUUGUGACUGCUAUGAUGUAAAGAUAAUCAUAAUGCUCAUAUAUAUACUGUGUGUUUGUGUGUUCAGGAUGAGACGGAGGAGUGGCGGCGGUUCCAGGCAGACCUCCAGACAGCCGUGGUGGUGGCCAACGACAUCAAGGUAGAGGCCCAGCAGGAGAUCCGCUCUCUGAGGAGGAGGUUACAGGAGGAGCAGGGGCGCAGCACCAAGCUCUCCUCAGACUUGGAGCAGCAGAAGGGAGUCAGGUACGUACCGUAUGGCUGGGAGGGUUUAGUACAUACAGCAGGGCUAUUCAAUUACGGUCCUCGAGGGCUGCAACACUUCUGGUUUUUGUUUCUACGUGAUAGUUGCAUUUACUUAUCUGAUGUCCCAGGUCUAAAUCCAUCCCCGAUUAGAAGGGAAGAAUGAAACCCAGAAGUGUAAUUGGCCUUAAGGGGCCAGAUUUGAAAAGCCCUGACCUAAAGUAUACCUCCCGUACUCCCUUGCGCCUCUAUCCAACAUCCAACCUCUUAUCCCUUUCCCUUUUCCCUCUCGCUCCCUCUCAGCACUGGGCCAUAUCUACUCUGUCCUGCUGCUACUCUAGGGCUUGCCAUAUCUCACUGAUUGUGUGAGUGUUCAAUAUAGUAGUCAGUAUCAUAUAGGAUGCCGUAUGGGAGGCUACAGGGAGCAGAGCUGGAAGGAACAUUUUGAAUUUCAAUACGUCAUUAAUCUGUUCCCUUUUAAGAGGCUUCCCCAAAAAUUCAGAUUUGACAUCACAGUACCUUAUGAUGCUCAGCAUUUUGGGGUUUGCAUUGAAACGAGGUGAUGCUAGCUGCCAACUAGGAUAUGAUUCACAAUUAAGUCCAAUAAUAAUAUCUUAAUAACCAAAUCCUUGGAUUUUCAAGUCUCAAAUCCUGUCCCCUCCUGCGGUAUCUCUGUCUGUCCAUCUGGUUCCUGCUGCAUUAUUCAGACUGCUCUACCAGUCUGUCUACCACUCACCACCACUGACUGUAACACACUGAGCUAGCAGUAGACCCUAGCACUUCACUGAGACAAGAUGUGUUAUCUGAGUAGUGUAGCACAAAUAUAGUGGUCUAAGCUCUACCUAGAAAUGCUGCUGCCGAGACCGCAUUGACAGCAGCACUAAACUUUUUGAGUCAGUUCUCUUCAAAGUAUAAAUUGAGACAAACACUUUAGGAGCCAUAGCAUAAUUCCUCUGUUGUGUUUCAUGGGGCUACCUGUACACCACGGGUGGGCAACAUAUGGUCCGCAGGCCGGAUCCGGCCCACGAGCGCAUUCAAUCUGGCCCGGGGGAGGUUUGAGUAAAACAAAUAUAAUUUGGGGUAAAAAAAAACACUCCAGGCCACUCUUGAACAUCUGAAACUAGAUAGAAAGUAUGUUGAAAUUAUAAUGGAUCUAUACGUUUUGAAAUUACGGCCCUUUCUUUGGCCUAUAAAUUGCUUUUGACUAACAAAUUGGGCUCGAAAAAUAUCUGUGUGGCCCUCCACUGAAUUUUUUUAUCCCGAUGUUGCCCUCGAGCUGAAAUGAUUGCCCACCCCUGCUGUACAACAUGGCCUGUUGUGCCAGGGACGUGAUUGGUCGGUGUGUUGAUGAAAAGCUCAGCCCAUUGGUCCUGUGUCUCGUGUGCAGUGACAGUGGCAGUGACAGUAUGACGAGAGGCAAAUUAGGCCAGUAUUGUUAAUACUAUACAUACAGAGCUCAUCAGUUAGUUUCUAAUAUAGCUUGCCUGACAUAAAACAUGUAAAUUAUAACGUAAAGAAGAAUGCAGUACUUUACUUUACUUUCCCUGUACGUACCUGCGACGUACCAGACCAGAAGCUUCCCUCCUCCCUGAGAUCGUUCGUUCUCUCAAGGAUGUCCCUCUUUCAGACAUGGCUCCUAAUAGAAAGCCCAGGUGAGUCCACUGCACUGCGAGCUCAAUGAAUGCUGCCUUAAUAGAGGGAAUGCUACUGCUGAUCUAGAGCUUCUGACUUUCCUUCCUGUACUGCUUCCGCUGCUUCUCACUGAUUGUCUCUGGUUCGCUGACUAGCAGACUGACAGCUGCACAAACUAUCUAUCUAUUAGCAGCCUGUGUCCUUUCAUUUGGGUGGGCUGGGGUUUGCUUUGCUCAAUUUCCAUUGUAAAAAAAAAAAACCCUGCUACUACACUUUUCUUUUGGUACUUGGCGCCACCUGCUGUUCUGUUGAAUCAAUCCUUUACCUAGCCUCUUGGUUCCUCUGGAGCAGGGUUUCCCAAAUUCAGUCCUGGGGCCCCCCCUGGGUGCACAUUUUGGUUUUUGCACUAGCACUACACAGCUGAUUCAAAUAACCUACUCAUCAGCAAUCUUUGAUUAUCUGAAUCAGCUGUGUAGUGAUAGGGCAAAAACCAAAAUGUGCACCCGGGGGGACAGGACCGAGUUUGGGAAACCCUGCUCUGGAGAACUGUCUAGUAGUAUGACAUGGGAUGAUUGAUUUGUACUCAUGCUAUCUCUGCUUGAUCAAAUAAAAAUCAUUUGGUCUGUAUAGCAUUGUAUACUGAUCAGAAUAAAGAGCCUUAACUGCAGUGUCUUUAGAUAAAGACACCACUCGGGUUGUGCUACAUACAGUAUAAAUGUUCAAUGCAAGUACAUAGCUUUUUAAGGGGGUAUAUUUAUUUCAAUUCAUGUUGUCUCUGUGUUUCGGUCUUGUUUUUCAGACUCGGGGCUGGAGCCAGUUUUGAUACCAAGACUGCAGUAGAGGGGCGGUAAAAAAGUCCACCCACAUAACAUCAGGACCCUCUGAAGACAGACUGGCAGUAUUAUUGUACACAGUUGCUUUGAUUGGUAUUACCAAACAAACUUUUCCAUCAUCUGGUAUGUCAUUCUGAUGGGUUUAUUAGCAAGGUUGGUUGACCAGUGCAGAUGCAAUAUUUGCCCCAGACAGACUGACAGAGUCACACUGUAGUUUACUGAUAAACUUCCAAAUUAACGCAUAUUUGUCCGUGAAAUCGUUCAAAAAUUCUGUACACAUUUUUAUCUCUAUUGCUUGCAAUGUUUUCAGUGGUAUUUGUUUUUGUGAAGCUCUCCUCUCUAUCGGUCAAGAGAUGAUAUGAUAUGAUAUGAUAGGAGGAGUUUCUGUUACUGAUACCGAUUUGCUUUUGUGCCUUUUAGACACUUAAAUUGCCUCAGUGGUGAAUAUUCACUUACUCAAUGUGUUGCUAAAUAUUAUGAGAAUGAGACACAUUUUUUGUUCAGUUCUCUGAGGGUUGACUGAAGCGAAAACAGUUUGCUUAUCCACUGGAAACUGCCAGCUAUUACUAUGAGUCAGAUUCAUGUUGUAAGUUAGGUUUCAGUACUACAUUAUGGGACAAGUACAACUUUGAAAGCCAAACAGACAAGCUUUUCAAGUUAUUUUAGUUAAGAUCAGAGUUGGUUUUUAUUGGUAUUUUGGUUGAUUACUGUUCUAAUACACAUUUUGUUGAAGUUUCAUAUCAGUUCUGCUUCAGUGGUUAUUAUUAUGAUCCGUUUCUUCUAACUGACGGUUUGGAAUAUCUGUUACUUAAAAAAGUGCUUGGAUGAUCUAAAAUGUUUUUAAUGGUAAUAACUAACAGUCAGUUCACUUUAAGUGUAUUCAUGGCUACUAAGAUUUAGUCAUGUACUCUAGUUGGAAGGAAAAAACAAAGUUUUAAAUUUUCAUUGGGUAUUUCAUUUGCACCUUGUGUUCAUAAUGUGAAUCUGAUCAUAUGGUGUGAUAAUUGACCACUAGAUGGCAAUAUUUAACAGACUAUCAAGAACAUUAAAGUAUCAAGAACCUGCACUGGUCAGUGGUCCUAAGUUGUGUGUGUAAUAGGCGGGCUACUGUUUAAGUCCAGCUCACCAGCUUGAGUUCUGCCUCCAGACAACAACACUGAACCACAGACAGUAUAUUAUUACAUUAUCACUGAUAAUUAUCACAUGAUCACUAAUAAUGUCCACACAGGAAUGCCGCCGUGCAUUUAAGCCAUAAGGGUAAUCAACUGCUGAUAACUGCCCAAUUCAGUCCUCACUGCCUCAGACUUACAGCCGUGCCUAAAACUCACAAUGUCAAAAUGUCCUGUACAGUACCUCUUAACCAUUAUAUUUCACUCUGAACUUCAGCAGGCUAUAUCAACAAAAUAUAUUCUGAAUGCUUUAUCACUAAUUCUGAAGUCAUUAUAAUGCGACCCCAUCAGGUCAAAUAAAAAGCCUCUAAUUUCUGAGCACUGCUACAGGGUAGACGUUGGAUCACUGAAGUGAUGCUGGCGUUGUGACACCCAUUAGAAUUGUAUUAUGACCAACUGCCAUCCUGUAAACCUCAGGUUAUAAUAAUAAUAAUUAUUAUUAUUACCUAGUAACAGGAGACUAUUCAGUAGAUGCAGUCAUACAAAAGCCAUAGUACUCGACCAGAGACAGACAGACGUGCUGGUAAUGUUUAACUUCGAGUACUGUCGAUAUUGCCAAAAAAGUUGAAGUCUGAAGUUUACAUACACUUAGGUUGGAGUCAUUAAAACCCGUUUUUUCAAACACUCCACAAAUUUCUUGUUAACAAACUAUAGUUUUGGAAAGUCGGUUAGGACAUCUACUUUGUGCAUGACACAAGUAAUUUUUCCAACAAUUGUUUACAGACAGAUUAUUUCACUUAUAAUUCACUGUAUUGCAAUUCCAGUGGGUCAGAAGUUUACAUACACUAAGUUGACUGUGCCUUUAAACAGCAUGGAAAAUUCCAGAAAAUGAUGUCAUGGCUUUAGAAGCUUCUGAUAGGCUAAUUGACAUCUUUGAGUCAAUUGGAGGUGUACCUGUGGAUGUAUUUCAAGGCCUACCUUCAAACUCGGUGCCUCUUUGCUUGACAUCAUGGGAAAAUCAAAAGAAAUCAGCCAAGACCUCAGAAAACCUAUUGUAGACCUCCACAAGUCUGGUUCAUCCUUGGGAGCAAUUUCCAAACGCCUGAAGGUACCACGUUCAUCUGUACAAACAAUAGUACGCAAGUAUAAACACCAUGGGACCACGCAGCCGUCAUACCGCUCAGGAAGCAGACGCGUUCUGUCUCCUAGAGAUGAACGUACUUUGGUGCGAAAAGUGAAAAUCAAUCCCAGAACAACAGCAAAGGACCUUGUGAAGAUGCUGGAGGAAGCACGGGGGUGGCAGCAUCAUGCUGUGGGGGUGCUUUGCUGCAGGAGGGACUGGUGCAGAACUGAAAAAGCGUGUGCGAGCAAGGAGGUCUACAAACCUGACUCAGUUACACCAGCUCUGUCAGGAGGAAUGGGCCAAAAUUCACCCAACUUAUUGUGGGAAGCUUGUGAAAGGCUACCCGAAACGUUUGCCCCAAGUUAAACAAUUUAAAGGCAAUGCUACCAAAUACUAAUUGAGUGUAUGUCAACUUCUGACCCACUGGGAUUGUGAUGAAAGAAAUAAAAGCUGAAAUAAAUCAUUAUCUCUACUAUAAUUCUGACAUUUCACAUUCUUAAAAUAAAGCGGUGAUCCUAACUGACCUAAGACAGGGAAUUUUUACUAGGAUUAAAUGUUAGGAAUUGUGAAAAACUGAGUUUAAAUGUCUUUGGCUAAGGUGUAUGUAAACUUACGACUUCAACUGUACAUGGUGGUAACUGUGUGAUGAUUACCUUUUCUCUGUCUGUGAUUUAAAGCCAUUUGCUCAACAGUUCAACAAGUGAAUGUGCAACUGUUUAAUUUAACUUUUAGGUUAAAUCUUAUUGAGACAGAUCAAAUAUACAAUGCUGUUUAUUUAGAGAAAUAGUCAAUGUAAAGUGUUUGUCCAUCUGUUUAAACUCUUUCCUAUUUGUUCUUUGGAAAGUCAAUAAAUUAAAUGACUCUAGUCCCAACUUUGUCUGCGUGUGUUUGUUUGAGUUCACUCUCUUUGGGAGUUCUGCUUCCUCCUCAUCAGAUUCCUUACUUCAGUUCUAUUCUCACCCCUUCCCCAUCCAUCAAUUUGUGACAAUACUCUAUCACUUACUCACUCAGGCUCUGUCCAAUGUCCAUAAGAUCAGGAUGGAGUAAACUUUGUACCUUUUUAUCAUCUAAAAUUAGAACCAGCUAUUGACUUUUCCAUCAUCUGAAACGUGUACUGUACAUACUCGUACACAAUAUGCUUCUGAUCAAUUGAGCAAAUAUUGCAUGGAACAGUCAAUGCAAUGGGCAAACAUCAUUGUCAAUCAUUACCUUUCUUUAGAACAUUGAUUGAGUAAAUAAAUACUAAACCAUUGUUCUGAUAACACCUACUUAGUAAAAUAAUGUUCUGAUAAAAAUCCCUGCUAAGGUAUAGCCUCUUACUGUAAAAGCACUUCUAUCGGCUAUGUGUUGUGCCAUAAUGUAUACUGUGAGCAUCUCUUCCCCUUUGUCUUUCUCAGGUCGUUGCGUGGUGACUCUGAGAGUUUCUCAGAUGCAGAUGGCAUUCCUCACUGGUGUGGCAUCUCCAUGACCCAGACCACCCAGACCCAGACCACCUCCUCGCCUAUCAACACCAACGGCAACGCUGCCUCCUCCCCCUCAGAGCCCGGAGCCACCGUCAAAUCCCUCAUCAAGUCCUUUGACACAGCUGUACAUAGUAAGCACAGAGCAUCCCUCCUUCUCACUCCUCCACACAUGCCCGGCAGACCUGGGUUAAAAUAUUAUUUGUUUUCUUUCAAAGUUAUUUGAGUAUUUGACUGCACCUCCCUGGGGUGCCAGAUGGGGGGUGGGGUGCGGGGAGGUUGUACUUUUUGAACUAUUCCAUUGGUUCCAAUGCGCCAGGUAAGUUCAGUCAAGCACAGGCCUCUUUACAGUAUAUCAUACCUAACUUGUCUGCACAAUAGGAGAACAGCUGGCAGCCUGUCUGUCUGCUUGAGAUAGAUCUAGCAUGUCUGUACAGCAGAGGCAUGUAUGGUCACUAUGGUAUGCUCUGCUGUCCAUGUGACUGUAUUGAUGGUGUAGCUUACUCUAAUAUAUCUACUGCUGUACAUGUAAUUUUUUGUAUAUAUUUUCAGUGUAUACAGUAUACGCAUAGAUUGCAUUUGGAUUACUGAUAGUGUUAUUUGGGUUGUUCAUUGGAUUUGUUUUGACAUUUCUUGAUUUCUUGUUUUAGUUUUGGAUUAUUUGUGUACUUGUUUGACAUUUUACUGCACUGUUAGGAGCUAAUAACACAAACAUUUAGCUGCACCAGCUAUAACAUCUGCCAAACUGUGUACGCGACCAAUAAACUUGGAUUUGAUUUGAAAGGAAUAGGAGGUGUGAUUACUCUAUAGACUGGCCACAGAAAUUCCUGAGAAAGAUGUUGGUUUUGGAUCUGUUGUCUCUUGUAUCAUCGGGGAAUGAAAAAUGUGGCCUGUAAAAUACGCAGGAUGUCAGGCCGACUGGCUGCUGAGGGGAAACUUUCCUGGCUUAGCAGCAGUGAUAGAGAAGGAACCCUUGCCUCUUACAUCAUAGCUUAAACAGCCUAACCUUAGAGGUCUAAAUGCUUAACAGGGUGAACAGAUACAGUGAUAGGACUCCAUGGAACAUCACCGUGGAAUACGGUAUACAAUUAAUCACUUUCAGUAUCCACUUAAAUAGCCACUCGUGGCAAAUGUACACUCAUAUGUUGGGCCUUGCAGAUGGACCUGGGCUUGGACACACGGUACAGAUGCACUCCUCACCUAGAAGCCCUCUGAGUGGGAUCCCUGUCCGCACAGCACCCGCAGCUGCUGUCUCCCCCAUCCAGGUAUAGUACCUCUUCAAUAUGGACUACAACAGGGUUCCCCAGUAGGGGGGGGGGGACAUAAAAUACUGUAAAAUCACCAGGAAAUCAGCUCAAUGUGAUUUUAAUUUACGAAAUUCCCACGCAUAAAAAAAUAAUAAAAACAAAAUAAAUAAUGUUUAUUGUCACAUACACCGGAUAGGUGCAGUGAAAUGUGUUGUUUUACAGGGUCAGCUAUAGUAGUGCGGCACCCCUGGAGCAAAUUAGGGUUAAGUGCAUUGCUCAAGGGCACAUCGACAGAUUUUCACAUAGUCGGCUCGGUUAUUCGUAACAGCAACCUUUUGGUUACUGGCCCAACGCUCUAACUGCUAGGCUACCUGCCGCCUCUAAAUAGAGAAAAUACAAAUAGAGAAAUAAAUAGAAAAAUAAUAAUAAUCAUGUAAAUAGAGAAACAUAUGUGAUCGUAUCCCAAUGUAAUCAAAGUUUGAAAUUAUUCUGUUUUUGUGAAAUAUAUCUGUUUGGGAUUCUUGCGGUCAAUUUGCAGUGUACAAAUUAUUCCUAACUGUUCCGGUCCCCCGACCAUCCGCUCAAGGAAAAAUCGGCCCACGAAUUGUGGACCCCUGGACUAAAAUAUCAACCAAUCUGUUAUAUCUGUUUAUUACCGACUUAAAUGUAUAAAGCUUUUGUUAAGCCUUUUAAAUACAUUAUAACCAUUACAAAUAAUGUAAAGUGUUACAUGUUUGGUUGUCACUUUUUGUUCAUCAUCAUGUGUAGGACAUGAAUAGGACAUGAUAUACUAAGUCUUUUUUGUUUUGGUUUCUGUAGAGGCAUUCGUCUAUCAAACCGCUCUCAAAGACACUGGAGAAAAGGAUCAACCAUGGAGAUUUUUCUCAUCCAGGUACAUGAUACUCUGUAGAGAGAGCAAGUAUAAAAGUAUCACUGAUACUGUAUAUAUGUAUCUAACUUUGUAAAACACCAAUGAGAUCAAAAACGCUUCUUUAUCCUUGAAACCAACACAUUCUGGCAUCUUGCCUUCAUCAGCACAUUUUACUAACUACAAACAGUCACAAGUCACAUCCUUUUGCACAUCCUCCUUCCCUCUCUACCUCCCCUUUCCCUGGUUCCUGAUUCCUGUGUUUCUCAGAUAAGUACGGGGGCUCUGGGGAUGAGCUGAAGCCCAGCAGCCUUAUGAGGAAGAGUCCUUCCCUGGAGUCGGUCAUCAAGUCCCCAGCAACCCUUAGCAGCCGCAGCCACUCCAUGAGCUACAACAAGAACAACAGCAAGCUCAGGUGGGCCCUCCACUCUAGAGACACACUCAGAUUACUGCAGAUUUAGAGAAAGAGACCACACAACUACAGUGAUCACAGAAACAUACACACAUGUAUCACUUGUAACAUCACACAUCAUCACCAGUCCAUAAACAUACAGUAGAUCAGUGGUUCCCAAUGUUUCCUGGGGGGUCGCGGGACCUCCCAUGAUUUGAGGGGUAAACAAAUUCUUAUUAUUUGAAUUUUUGUACAAAUCGCGAUUGUAUAAACCGAUCAAUAACGACGCAUAACCCCACAAUGCUUUAGGCUAGAAACAAGAGGUAAACUGCCUGAGGAAGAUGUGACUGCACAUGGGGAGAUCUUUUGUUUGUCUCUAUGACAUUUAAAAGCUGAGCUAUGACCUUCUAGUCAAGGAAUAUCUUUUUUUUUACUUUGCUUGGGAAGUAAUGUUAUACAAUGUGUGGCUGUCGCUAUCAAUUUAUCUAUUCACUUUCUGUAAAAGAGCAUAUGCUUAAAUUAACAUAUUAGAAUUAGCUUAAAAACAACAUAUUUUCCUAGGUUCCCUAAAUUAAACAAAAUCAAGUGUGACAUUCAAAUGUGAAAAGGGGGAUCCUAGUGAAAAAAAGGUUGGGAACCCCUGCAGUAGAUGCGGUGUUAUCCGUUGCAGUCAUUUUGCUAUGGCACUGCGCCAUGGCAAAAUCAUUGCCUCCACAGCAAAAAAAUACAGAACAUGAAAAAUAUUUCUGCCGAGGCGCACUUUGAAGAUGCAAGAAAACUGUCCACAUUUACUUUUCCUCUACAAACAAAAUAAGUAAUAAAUAGAAAAAUCAGACACCCCAUAGUAGAAUAGCUUAUCUAUUUACAUUACAUGUAUUUACCUAGUCAGCUUGUUGUUGUGUGUUCUAUGCAAGAUAAAUAUUCCUCUCGAGGCGCAUUCAAGUUACGAGUGCCAUAGGGAUGGAUACAUGCAUUCUGGGGGUGUAUGAUGACAUAAAGUGGUUUCUGUGAGAAGUACAGGCAGGGGGUGUGUUACCCUGGGUGGUGGGUUACCCCAAGUUAGAUGCUAACUAGUUAAAAUAUCACAUUUGAUUGGCUAUAUGCAUGGUCCAAAAUGUUAAAAUAAUUUAAACAAAUAAUUUGACCAAUAUGUAAUUGGGCUCAAUUCUGGAGGUGGAAAGUACAUUUUAGGUGGUGUCAGCGUAAUUUUAUUUUCAUUAAGUUUGGAAUAGAAUGUCCCCCUCGCCCCAACCUUUCCCCCCCACUGCUACACAUUUUUCCAGAGGAAUCACUGAGUAGAUUACACUAUCUGACACACGCACAUACACAUCCACAAACUUUCACACAUAUUCAUACUUAGAGAUCUUAACAGUCAUGCACUCGGUGUUAUUCAUACUCAGUGAUGUAGUUUUUCACACCUUCGAUUCACUAUUAGAUCACUGACGAACUGGCAGAGUGUUAUAGUAGGGCCAGUGAUCAUACUGUAUCUAUCACCGCUGUGAUGAGGUGUUUUCGAAGGAGUCAGGUGCAGGAGGGUAAUUCACAGAAUAACAGGAUUUAUUCCGAAAACACAGAGUUACGCAGUAACGCGUCAAAACACUCCAGUGCGCAAAACAGGCGCACUGGAAAAUACAAGGCACACAGGGAAUAUUCCGCCGAUACAAAAUACACAGAGCUCCACCGAGCUUCGCUAUCCUCCACAAUAAACAAUCACACACAAAGACAAGGGGGCAGAGGGAACACUUAUACAGGUACUGAUGAGGGGAUAUGAACCAGGUGUGUGUAAUAAACAAGACAAAACAAAUGGAAUGAUGAGAUGAGGAGCGGCAGUGGCUAGAAGGCCGGUGACGACGAACGCCGAAGCUUGCCCGAACUGUAACACCCUGGCUCUGGGACUCUAUAUGUUGAGCCAGGGUGUGUUCUUUCUAUGUGGUGUAUUUCUAUGUUGGGAGUUCUAGUUUGUUUAUUUCUAUUGUUGGCCUGAGUGACUCCCAAUCAGAGGCAACGAGUGUCAGCUGUGGCUGGUUGUCUCUGAUUGGGAGCCAUAUUUAAACUGUCUGUUUUUCCCUUUGUGUUUGUGGGUUCUUGUUCCGUGUUGGUCUAUGUUACCUAGGACGUUACGAGUCGUUUGUUGUUUUUGUUUACUGUCCGUGUUUAUCGCUAAUGAUAAAUAAACAUGUUCGUUCAUCACGCUGCGCCUUGGUCCUCCUCUCUUAACGACGAUCGUGACAGAAGAACCCACCAUACAAGGACCAAGCAGCGUGUCCAGGAGCAGGCAGACUGGACAUGGGAGGAAGCGCCGGGAAAGGAGAUGGAGAGGUUGGCGAUGGCCCAGGUGGGCAAAUCGUGGUCCUGGGAGGACAUGCUCGGGGGCAAAGGGCCAUGGGCUAGGAUUAAGGCCCUGGCGAGAGAGGAGCAGCGGCGUCAGCAGUGUCAUCGUCGGACGGACGAGAGGCAACCCCAAAAAAAUGUUUGGGGGGGGGGGCACACGGCAUGGGCGACUGGGCAGCAGGAGGCUGCCACAGGGAGAUUAGGAGAGGAGGCCACCAGGUUUUGGGGGCCAGAAGGCAGGUUGGCGGAGCCUGGAUGGAGAGCAGAGCCAACUCCCCGUACUCAGGCAUGGCAGCAUGAGACUGGGCAGGUUCCGCGGUAUGCGGAGCUGCGCACUGUGCCACGAGUGGUCCGGCAUAGUCCGGUACGUCCUGUGCGAGCACCCCGCACGUGUUGUGCGAAGGUGGGCAUGCAGCCAGGACGGAGUGUGCCGGCUCAGCGCUCGUGGCCUCCAGUGCCUCUCCUCGGUCCCGGAUAUCCUGCGCCAGUGUCACGUGCUGUUAUGCCAGUACGGGUACACAGCCCUGUACGUCCUGUGCUGAUGCCUCACACAGAGUGUGUGAAGGUAGGCAUUCAGCCAGGACGGGUUGUGGCAGCUCUUCACUCCAGGUCUCCUAUCCGUCUCCACAGCCCGGUCCGGCCUGUCCCUGCUCCACGCACCAAGCCUACGGUGUGCGUCGCCAGCCCGGUCCGGCCUGUCCCUGCUCCUCGCACCAAGCCUGCGGUGUGCGUCGCCAGCCCGGUCCGGCCUGUCCCUGCUCCUCGCACCAAGCCUACGGUGUGCGUCGCCAGCCCGGUCCGGCCUGUCCCUGCUCCACGCACCAAGCCUACGGUGUGCGUCGCUAGCCCGGUCCGGCCUGUCCCUGCUCCUCGCACCAAGCCUACGGUGUGCGUCGCCAGCCCGGUCCGGCCUGUUCCUACUCCACGCACCAAGCCAGGGGUGCGCAUCGUCAGCCCGGUCCGGCCUGUCCCUGCUCCUCGCACCAAGCCUACGGGGUGCGUCGCCAGCCCGGUCCGGCCUGUUCCUACUCCACGCACCAAGCCAGGGGUGCGCAUCGUCAGCCCGGUCCGGCCCGUUCCUACUCCACGCACCAAGCCAGGGGUGCGCAUCGUCAGCCCGGUCCGGCCCGUUCCUACUCCACGCACCAAGCCAGGGGUGCGAGUCGUCAGCCCGGUCCGGCCCGUUCCUACUCCACGCACCAAGCCAGGGGUGCGAGUCGUCAGCCCGGUUCGGGCUGUUCCUACUCCACGCACCAAGCCAGGGGUGCGAGUCGUCAGCCCGGUCCGGGCCGUUCCGGCUCCACGCACCAAGCCAGGGGUGCGCGUCGUCAGUCCAGCACAACCCGUGCCUGGGUCACCGGUGCCUGGUAGGGUACCGGUCAACUGCUCCACUACGGAGCUGAAGCUAACCGCUCCUGCUACGUCCAGUUCAGCUCCAGCCAGCGGGGCCAGACCGGACCAGGGGCGCUAUGGGGGGUUUAUUGGAGGGUGGUGGGCAAGGCCGGAGCCAGAACCGCCGCCGAGGAGGAAUGCCCACCCAGCCCUCCCCUGUUUUGCUCUAGUUGAGGCGCGGUCACAGUCCGCGCCUUUAGGGGGGGGUACUGUAACACCCUGGCUCUGGGACUCUAUAUGUUGAGCCAGGGUGUGUUCUUUCUAUGUGGUGUAUUUCUAUGUUGGGAGUUCUAGUUUGUUUAUUUCUAUUGUUGGCCUGAGUGACUCCCAAUCAGAGGCAACGAGUGUCAGCUGUGGCUGGUUGUCUCUGAUUGGGAGCCAUAUUUAAACUGUCUGUUUUUCCCUUUGUGUUUGUGGGUUCUUGUUCCGUGUUGGUCUAUGUUACCUAGGACGUUACGAGUCGUUUGUUGUUUUUGUUUACUGUCCGUGUUUAUCGCUAAUGAUAAAUAAACAUGUUCGUUCAUCACGCUGCGCCUUGGUCCUCCUCUCUUAACGACGAUCGUGACACGAACAAGGAGAGGUGGCAGUCGUGACAACCGCAUUGCCCCAGUUUUGACUGACUGGUUAUGUCCCAAAUGGCACCCUAUUCCCUAUAUUGUGCACUACGCCCAUAGGGCUUUGGUAAAAAAUAGUGCACUAUAUAGGGAAUAUGGUGCCAUUUGGGAUGCACAAACUGACUGAACCCUAUGGUUUGAUACUGGGUGUCCUGAUAGCCUUCUAUUCUGGUGUGGAAGACACAGUAGAAGUAAACUUGGCAGAGAUGAGUCAGAGAUAAAUGUUAAAUAAACAGACUCAAUUUGUUGUGACUACCGAACUCAAGCUUUGUUAAUCAUAAUUACAUUAUAAUAAGUCUCCCUUCAGACUGCUUUUAGUUUUCUCAACCCAGCCAUCAAAUACUUUAGAACCAUUUAAAUAUAAUAAAUUGGAAGGUUGUGCAGGACUAUGGUAGAUAUGUCAGUGUAUUAUGUCUGUUGUCUUUAACAGUGUGUUAUAUGUGAAAAUGGGAUUGUAUUAUAAAUUGUAUUUGAAUGUUUAAGGAAUCUUGGAAGAUUAGUCCAAAUGAGGACUAAAAGAGAUCCUAAUAAAAUACAAUCUAAAUCUCUCAAAAACAAUCACUUCAAUACAGGAGAUACAUCACAUUUGUUUACGGUUGUCACGAUCGUCGAACACAGUGGACCAAUGCGCAGCGUGAUAAGUGAACAUACUUUUAUUUAGAUUCACCACACGAGCAAAACAACAAAACGAUAACGUGAAGUCCUUGGUUACAAUACAAAACCAACACGGAACAAGAUCCCACAAAACACUGUGGAAAACAGGCUGCCUAAGUAUUGGUUCCCAAUCAGAGACAACAAGCAACAGCUGAUACUCGUUGCCUCUGAUUGAGAACCACCCCGGCCAACACAGAAACACAUGAGCUAGAUAAUCAACCUAGAACACAAAACACAUAGAAACAACACACCCUGGCUCAACAUAACAGAGUCCCAGAGCCAGGGCGUGACAACGGUCACAUAGUUUUUCAUUGUUUAUCUAGAGCUAAUGACAAACAUGCAUAAUUAAUGUGAUAUCGAGGGUGACCCAAUGUCCUACUAUUAAACUCUCAACAUACACACACACAACACACAAACACUAGAUUGUCUAGAUCUCUAGAUUGUCACAGACACAAACAACAGUAUGUGAACAUUUAUGUUGCUCCUCAAAUGUGUUUAUAUUUAGUAUUGUUUUCGCAACAGUAUGUCACCAGUGAAUUCAUACACUGGCUUUUAAAAAGCAACAUUUGUUAUGACAAUUCCCGAUUCCCCAAGCACUAGUAUGUCGAAACAUAAUGAAACAAACAAAGUCACGUGUUUAAAGUGGUCCAUGUAGCUCAGUGAGACCAAGGACUCCUUAUGUUCCCAUGGCCACAGAGACUACCCUUCUCUGAUUAGCUUCCAGGAAAUCACAUCAGCCCCAGGACGUGUGUGUGCGUUUGUGUGUGUGUGUAUGCCUGCGUGAGUGCAUGCAUACGUUUGUACUGUAUGUGAGGUUGAUGUAAGGUUGAUGGAGACACACACGUCCCCACACACAGGUCAGAUGCCAUAACUGUUGUUUCCCUCACUGUACAUGACUGCGGUGUCUGUCCCUGGUGUCAGUGUGGAAAGAAAGGACCCCUUGGCUGCACUGGCGCGGGAGUACGGGGGAUCUAAGAGGAACGCUCUACUGAAG